GAACAUAAAACUAGACAGAAAUUAUUUAAUACUGCCACAGUGAGUUAUAUAAUGUGUUUAAUACUGCAACAGCGAGUUAUAUACCGUAUUUAAUAUUUAAAUUUCUCAGCAAGUCUAAAUUAAAUUUUGUGCAUGCAUGUUUAUGUAUUUUUGGCACUUUAAUAUGAUUUCGCAUAUUUUUGUUACCUAAUCAUAUAGAUUUAAAUUUUUGUUAAUAUGUUACUUGAAACUUUUAAUUCCAGGAUCUGGAUUAGUAUUACUAUAUAUAUUUCUAUAAUAUGAAAUCACCUGAUAUAUGUGACACAUUUACUUUUCCCUUACUUUUAGAUAUCUGCUCUGUACUGCAGACUUUCUCAUAUAUUUAUUAUUUUAAAAAGAAAUUUGAAUUGAACAAUAAAGAGAAUUUAUGUCUUGUGUCAUCUAUGUCAUUAUUGUUUGGUAAUCAUCUGAUUCUCAGAGCCGAGAAUGGAAAAAAGUGAGCAGCAUGAAUAAUCUGCGUGAUGUCCACCAGCUCCACUGUGGUGGAGAGCUACUGGAGAAAGAAAAGAGGGAUGUUUUUGUGAAUGGGAAUAUGUCUGAUGUCAGAGAACAGUUUCAA